AUGGAUCUAGGACUUUUUAAUCUUGAUUCAGAAAAUACAAAUCCGGUAGAUGCGUCUGAAACAGAUCUUUUGGGUCAGAUUGACAUCCUCCGUGACUACACAACAACUAAUGUUUUUGCUUCGGGGCCCUUUCUCUCCCCAAAUGCCCUCAUCAAUCUAAAUGAUCUGAAGGCAUUCGACCGUGAUGUCUCAAGUUCAAGUAACAGCCCAAAUAGGACACGAUCUACAGACAGUCAUGAUGACGAAAAGGUGGAUGCCAAGCUUGAAAGUACGAAGCAACGUUUGGUAACACCAAAGAUUAGACGUAUGUACAACUUCCCACUUGCUGCAAGGGUCAAGUCUAACUGUUUAUUCAAGAUACUACUUAACCAUACAGUUGCAGGUUUGUACAUAGGAAAGAACGGUAAUAACUUAAAACGUCUACAAUCGAAAUUUAAUUUCAAGCUCACUCAAUCUGGCCGGGGUGUCCGAGGAGAUUUCACUGGUAUCGGCUAUCCCUGCCACCGAACUAACACCGCAUUGUUAUUUGAAGGCAAUCUUGUCAACAUACUCAUGGCACUCCGUCCACUAUACCGAAUCAUCCAAAACGACCGUCUCACCCUAGACAAAGAGUCACAGAGCAUCGUUAGUGGUCGUGUACUUAAUGUUAAAUUCGAGCUGGACCUUGUGAUCCCAUUAGAUCGCAAACGGCUACUUAUGCAAGAGGAGGGUAUGCGGUGUAAUCGUCUGCGACGUAUUUCGGGGGUAGGUAUCAUUGCCGGUAAACAGAAUUAUGAAUGGGGUAAUAUCAAGGAGACAAUUGUGACUUUAUACGGUUUCGAGGAAAACGUAGAACGAGCUUGUGAGUGGAUGGGUGUAUUUUUACAAGACUCACCAGCCGUGUACUCCAGGGAUUUUGCUUUUAUAGACUACCCAAAGUAUACCCUUGCUGUACCAGAAGGUGCUUUUAACUGA